AUGUCACAAUCAGAUCAACACCAAGAAGAAGAUGGACGCAGGAGGAAGAGGAGAGAACCGGGACGAGAAUUGAACCCUCAGGACAUCAGUCUUCAGGACGGGCUGGGAGGACGGAGACGCUCAUCCAACAUGGUUCGCGUCUACGUAAGCUCAGCGCUAGCAGACAUGACUCAGGAGCGCCGGGUUCUGCUGGAGAAAGUUUCUCCAGAACUCCUGGACUUCUGUCGGGCUCGCGGUCUGAACUUUGAGAUGGUGGACCCCUGCUGGGGUCUGCGCAGCGUUCCGUUCGGAGAACACGAGACGGUGGAGAUCCUAAGGAAGAUCGAGGCCAGCAGGAGGCUGUCGGCGGGACCUAGCUUCAUCGCCCUCCUAGGGAACAGGUAUGGCCAGAGACCCCUCCCCCAGAUCUCUGAGGAGAUCUUCCAGGUUCUGUUGUCCCGAGUGACGGACCCCGAGGGGGCGGAGCUACUGCGCCGCUGGUACUUGCUGGACAGCAACCAAGUUCCGCCUACCUACAUCCUCCAGCCAAUCGCAGCCCCCUCCCCGCACUACGCCGACCCCCGACCCGAGGCGGCGCCGCGCCGUGAAAGCGCGUUGGCUUGGCGGCUAACCGAGACACGGCUGCUGCAGCUGCUGCGCAGUGCAGCUAGCAAGGCACGGGACGACGGGGAUGUGACGGCGGAGCAGACCAGAGACUUCUACAGCUCAGUCCUGGAGCAGGAGCUGGAGGCGGGGCUAUCCUCGGCCCCCGGCCCCUCGGUCCUGGCGGUUCUCCGUGAGGACCCCCGCCAGCCGGAGGGUCCCGGGCGGCUGUCGCGGCUGCUGCACGCAGCAGUGGACGGUGAGGGGCGGAGCCUGAUGGCAGCGCUCAAGUCACGGCUGCACGCCAUGCCCCGCCUCCACAUCGUGCAGCUGGGCGGGGCCGGGGCGGACCCCCGCAAGCCCGAACAUGGCCGCUACCUGACGGCCUUCUGCCAGGAAGUGAUGUCUCAUCUGAAGGUGGAGCUUGACGGUUGCCGCAGCGACGGAUCGUCGUUAGAGGAGGACGAGGAGGCGCGGUUUCACGACGAGCUCUGCACCCGAUUGGCCGAAGGCGUCCAGGGGCGGGACGGGCUCCUGGAGGAACUCCGCCUGGCCGUGUGGGAGAGGCCCCCCUUGGUGGUGCACGGCGGCGCCGGCAUGGGGAAGACGGCGCUGCUGUGCCGGCUAGCGCGGACGUUAGCGCAAGGCACAACCAUCGUGGUGAUCCGGCUGCUGGCGGCGCGACACCCGCUGGCGCCCGACAUCAACGACGUCAUCCUCAGCGUGUGCCGCCAGCUGUGCGCCGCCCUCCAGCUGGCCCCGCCGUUACAGCCGCCGAGCCGGCGCGACUUCCUGGAUGUGCUGAGAGAGGCAUCGCGCGGCGCCACCGUCUUGGUUGUCCUGGACUCACUAGACUCGCUGUCGGACCACUGCCAUGCUAGCAAGCUGCGCUGGCUACCCGCGCGGCUCCCGCCCAACGUACACCUGCUGGCGUCCGCCGACGACGGCGGCAUGGCACUCGCUAACGCACGGCUCAAGUUGGACGACAGCUGCUUCUUCCGGGUGGGCGGGGUCUCCUUGGAGGACGGCGAGCGGCUUGUGGAGGCGUGGCUGGGAGUGGCGCGACGCAAGCUAACGGCGGAGCAGAGAGAGGCGGUGGGGCGGAGCCUGGAGGCGGCCAGCGGCGGCCUUCUGUACGGGCGGCUGGCAGUGGCGGUGGCAUUGCGCUGGGCGUCCUUCACGGCGAAGGCGGAGCUUCGGCUGGGCGCCGACCUGCAGGACAUGCUAAUGCUAAUGAUGCUAGCGCUGGAGAGGAGGCACGGCCCGCGGCUGGUGGGCGGAGCUUUAGGAUACAUCGCUCUGGCCAGGGAAGGCCUCCUGGAGGCGGAGCUUCGGGACCUCCUGUCCCUGGAUGAUGAUGUCAUCAGUGAGGUAUACCGGCUGUCCCCGCCCCCAUCCCUCCUGAUUCGCCUGCCCCCCCUCCUCUGGUCCCGCCUACGCCGGGACCUUCAGGUCCUGGAGGAGCGGUGGAUCCGCGGCACGGCGCUCCUCGCUCUUCUCCGCCGCAUCUCUGACUUCGUGGCGUCUCGCUUGGCACCGGAACAGAGGGGGCGGAGCCACAGGAACAUGGCCGAUUACUUCCUGGGCCGGUGGGCGGGAAAACUGAAGCCGGCGUCUCUCCCCGGCCUCUCAUUGGUCCUCUCCGACAGGAAGGUCCCGCCCCAGCCACUGUGGUUCGCCGCAGGAUUGGCUAACGUGCGAAAGCUGAAAGAGCUGCCCUAUCAGCUGCUGCACGCCGGCAUGUGGGAGGAGCUAAAGCAGGAAGUGGUCGGAAGUGCAGACUUCCUGUUCACUAAGACCCGGGUCUGUGGGGUCACCAGCGUGACCUUUGACCUGGACCACAUCGCAGACCGACUGGACUGCACCGAGACACCUGAUCCGGGACGCCUGGUCCUGCUGAGACCUGGUCUGGACUUCCUGCAAGGACAUGUCGACGGUUCUCUGUUCCACGAGCUGCUCGCUCGCCUCUCCUCGUUAGCCACCGAGUCCGACGUGAUUGGCCGGCUGUGCACUCAGUGUGAAGAGCGUCUGCUGGACAGCUCGGAACCGGUUCUGAUUCCACGGGGGAGCUUCCUGCAGCAGCCAGGGGGGGCGCUAACGCACACGCUAACGGCACCAACGGGAGGUGUGGUCUGCCUGGAUGUUAGCGUGCGGCUGAAGAUGCUAGCUGCCGGUGUGGAUGACGGGGCAUUAGUGGUUUGGAGCCUCGUAGACCAACACCUGAUCCAUCGCCUGCUGGGUCCCUGCUGUAGCCUCCUGUCUGUCAGAGUGAUUGAAAGCUGCCACUGCUUGUCAUUGGCUGCUGACGGCUCCCUAAGGAGGUGGAGUCUCAUUGGAGGAGAGCUCCUGUGCGUGGAGGGGGCGGGGCCUGUGAAGGGCUGGGCCGUGGACGGGCUGGAGGUCCGCCCCCUCAGCAUCGCCAGAACCGAGGGGGCGGAGCUGGUGCUCGAUUUGGGAGAAUGCGUGGUGUCCGUGCGCAACUUCAGUCGCAUCCGAAUACAUCCGGCUGUGGGCGGAGCCAAAGUCACGGAGACGGCGGUGGAACCGGCGGAACGUCAGCUGACGCCCGCCGUCUGCCUGACGCUACAGAACCGAGGGAACGUCCUGGUGGUGUCCAAACUGGGGUUCCUGCACCGGGUGGGGGCGGAGUUUAGCCUCUGUCUCUUCCGCAUUUCCGUUGCCACGGUGACGCUCUUCCUCCGCCUCCCUCACGAUGAUGUCGUCCUAUCCGCGGUCGCCUCGUCCGACGGGCGCCUCGUCGCCACAGGCGCCGCCGACCAGGUGGUGUGGUCCGUGACCACAGGCGCACUGUUGGACGCUCUGAUUGGCUCGGACGCGCCUGUCACCGCGCUGCGCUUCUACUACAACUUGCUGUCGGCGUCGGCCGCGGCGCCCGCCGUCCUCGUCUGGAACACCAAGUACGACUCGCGGCACGGCCGCCCCCCGAUCCCGGCCGGCUCCGCCCACACGGCGCUCACCCAGGGGGACCGGGUCUUCUACGUCCGAGACCCGGGUCACCUGGAGGUCAGCAGCUGGAGCAGCCAGACCGGCCUGCUGGACCCACCCCUGGCCGUCUCUGCCACCAUUAGCGUCCUGGAGAUCCUACAGCAGAGCCGCCUGCUAGCUUGCGGUCUGGACGGCGGGACAGUUCUGCUUCCGUUAGCGACGCCUCAGGAGACGCUCGGCAUCCCGCCGGAGAGCGCCAGCCGCGUGCUAGCGCUGGCCGCAUGCGCGCAGGAGCGGCGGCUGGCGGUGGCGCACGAGGACGCGGUGCGCCUGUUCGCGCUGGGCAGUCGCGACGGCGCCCCGGCGGGGGGUCCGCUGCGGAGCGUCCCGCUGCAGCUGCUGCACGCGCCGCUGACCGCCGCGGCGCUGCUGGCCGGCGAGCGUCUGCUGUACGGGACGGCGUGCGGCGCCGUGGUGCGGGACUUCGGGGACGGCGCGGCGCGCGAGUUGGAGUCGCACCGCGGCGCCAUCACCUGCGUGGCGGGAAACGGCGGGACCCUGGCACUGGUGGGGUCCGAGGACGCCGUGCAGAGGUUGUGGGCGCUCGAACCGCUGACCCUGGAGCACACCAUGGAGUACAAGGGUCCACUGUUUGAAGGAAUCCUCUGCGCUUCGUUCUCCGACUGCGAUCGGUUCAUGUUCACCGGUUCCAAAGACGGAACGCUGAAAGUGUGGAACGUCACUUCAGGACUCCUGCUCUACGUGCAGUACGUGUACUCCCCGGUGAUCCGGGUUCUGGGGACCCGGUCCGGUCUGGUGGCUCUGACCCACCAGGGUUCCGAUCAGGAGACGUUCCGCUGUCCGGACUGCGUCGGGCCGGGUUACAACCUGAGGAACGUCGGGAAGGCGUGCGCGUCGUACCGCGUCACCUCUAGGGACAAAGACCAGGACCGGGAUCAGAACAAGGACCAGGAUCGGGACCGAGCUGAUCUCCAGGAUUUCAACCUUCAGCUGCACCUGAUGAGUCUUCUCAGAGCCAAACCCUCGGCCACCUGCUGCCUGUUGUAG